GUACCUGAGCACCAUGACGCAGGAGCAGUUCAGGGAGGAGACCGCCUACGACCGGAUGCCCACGCUGGAGCGGGGACGCCAGGACCCCGGGAGCUAUGCCCCGGACACGAAGCCGAGUGACCUCCAGCUGUCCAAGAGGUUGCCCCCGUGCUUCAGCUACAAGACAUGGGUCUUCUCCGUGCUGAUGGGGAGCUGCCUGCUUGUGACCUCGGGAUUCUCGCUGUACCUGGGGAAUGUGUUUCCUUCUGAGAUGGACUACUUACGCUGUGCCGCAGGCUCCUGCAUCCCCUCGGCAAUUGUGAGCUUCGCUGUCUCGAGGAAAAAUGUCAAUGCGAUGCCUAACUUCCAGAUACUGUUUGUUUCCACAUUUGCUGUGACUACCACGUGUUUGAUAUGGUUUGGAUGCAAACUAGUCCUGAACCCAUCAGCAAUAAACAUCAACUUCAACCUCAUCCUGCUCCUCUUGCUGGAGCUGCUCAUGGCAGCCACCGUGAUCAUCUCUGCGCGGUCCAGCGAGGACUACUGCAAGAAGAAGAAGGGUUCCAUCUCUGACAGCACCAGCAUUUUGGAUGAAGUGAUGUUUCCUGCUCGGAUCCUAAAGUCCUAUUCAGUCAUCGAGGUGAUUUCGGGCAUCUCUGCCGUCCUUGGAGGGAUCAUUGCUCUGAAUGUGGAUGACACCGUCUCAGGCCCACACCUCUCAGUGACAUUCUUUUGGAUCCUGGUGGCUUGUUUUCCAAGUGCUAUUGCCAGUCAUGUGACAGCGGAGUGUCCCAGCAAGUGUCUGGUGGAGGUGCUGCUCGCCAUCAGCAGCCUCACGUCCCCGCUGCUGUUCACAGCCUCUGGGUACCUGUCGUUCAGCGUCGCGAGACUCGUGGAGAUGCUGAAGGAUUACCCGCCGGCCGUAAAACUGUGGCCCCGCCCCUCACCUCUCCCCCCGCAGCAGUCCUGCGACGUGCUCCUGCCACUGCUGCUGGUGGUGCUGCUCCUGCAGGCCGGCCUCAACACCGGCACCGCCAUCCAGUGCGUGAGCUUCAAGGUCAGCGCCAAGCAGCAGGGUGCAUCCUGGGACGGCCAGACCAGCCCGCAGGAACGCCCAGCGGGGGAGAUGGCCAGAAGCCCCCUGAAGGAGUUUGACAAGGAAAAAGCCUGGAGGGCCGUCGUGGUGCAGAUGGCCCAGUGACUGAAGGAUGGGGAAACUGAGUCACCAUGCCCGGCCUGGCCCCAUGCACAUUAACUGCACAGAUUUGCACCGCCCUGAGCUGCCACUUUCUAACACACCCUCUUCCCUUCUGUGAGGCCAGGCUGUGGGCCAUCUUUAUUUCUUAUGGUAGUUCAAGUUUAAACUAGGCAAGUGUUAGCUGUCUCAGGCCUUGUCAGGGAGUCUGUUAGAGCCUCCCGUGGCCCAGGCUGAGGAGAGGAGCCUGUCCCACAAGCAGGGCCCAGGAUGCUCACCACCUCCAUGGGCGGGCUGGAGGGCAACCUCCAGAUGCAGCUGUCAGCAUUUCCCAUCCCCUCAGCCCGCUUCCUUUUUGCCCUCCCUCGGCCAUGUUCAGCCCGGCUGGACCUCGCCCAUUUUGGCUCUUCUCUCCGGAGAUGUGCCCACAGGAGCACAGGCCACUGAGACCCAGCCAGGCUGGCUCCUGCCGUUCCCCUGAGCCCAGGCACACUCAGCACGGCCGCCCCUCUUAAAAUCAUCCCGAGUUUCUGCCCUCUCUUCCUGCUUGGAUGCAGGCCUUCCUCACUGGCUCUGGCCCUAUCCUGCUGUUGUGGUGUCCAGCUUGGGCACUGCUCUGCCACCAGGAUAGUUCAGUGUCCUCUGGGGUGGGCAGAGUUGAAGGCUCCCCCAUGUCUCAUGUCUCACCACCCAUGGGGACCGGGCUGGGCUGAGCCCCUCUCACCACGUCUGCCCUUGCUAUUCAACAUGCAAGUCGGGCUGUCCAGAACGCAGAUGCCUCACAGACCACCGUGGGCGUCACCCGGCCCCUGCCACCACCUGGCAGGGACUUUGUCUUGCCCCUCGCUCUCCUGAGGCCUCACCGGGGCCAGUGGGCUUCUCCAUCACUGUUGCUUCAGGGUCUCGGGGCACUGGCACGCCCUGCAUGGUCCUGGUGGUCACAGCCUGCCUGCCAGACUGCAGGCACAGUUUGGGUGUAAGAAUGACGUUGGCGUCGAUGACCAUCAUGGCCAAGCGUGGGCUUGGCUGCAUCUCCUCAGCCCCUGGGGACACCUGGAACCAAAACCCACAAUGAGUCAAGCAACCGUAAACUAGAAAUGUGCUUGUUUUGGUCAGCACUUUCCAGCUGGGCGUUCCUCCCUGGGGCUGCACGUCAGAGUGCUUGUUUCUCUUCUGUGAGCAGACAGAUGGGACACUUGCCUCUGCUCUUCUCUGGCUGGAUAUGUCAGCUGGUUCCCAGGGACUGCUGGGGAGGCCUGGGGCUGCAGUGUGUGGCCCAGGGCCUGAGGAGGGAAGAACCAGCACCCGGGGAGGAAGCCAGAUGGGGCAGCAGGAGACCCUGCAGGGUCCUUCCAGGCAUCUUGCUUCUAGCAGGAGCAACUCUGGCUGCUGGGAUAUCCCCUCGGUGUUCGUGACAGGCAGGGCCACUUUCGGGUAGACAAGAGGGAGCAGGUGAGCCUCGCCUGGCUGUUUAGUGGGGACAAGACCAGGCCCUCUCUGCGAUCCCCACAGCUCCAGAAGGCAAGGACAAAGGGAGGGCCAGCACGUCCUCAGCAGGCCCCAUGUGGAGAGGUCACUCUGGCCUGCAUGGGCACAGGUCCCACCCACCUGCAGGCCAGCCCCCUCUCCUUCUUGCCUCAGCUCCUGGGAGUAGGGGGGGACCGCCGGCACAGGGUGGCUUUUGUCUUCCUGGGACAGAUCAGAGAGUGAGGAUUUGGAGCCAGAUUCAGGCCGCCGAGGCUUCGUUCUGGCCUGCAUUGCCUUACUUUAGACAGCUUAAAAAACUCAUACCAGUGGGCCUUUAAUAAAACAUCUCUUUAAAUCCACGUUUUUGUUUAAACUACUGCUUUACCAAUAAAUGCUAACAUGCAAGUGUG